UGCAGCAUCAGUGAAGCUCAGCAUCAGUUGGCUUUGCAUCUCAAGUUGGUAUUUGUAAAGAAAUUAAGGGAAAAUCCGCCUGACAGUUUUCCUGAUGUGCGGUUCUCAUUUCCGCUCGGGAUUUUAAGGUCUUUCGAUCAAAUCGGAAGUAGGUAGUAGAACAGUUAGCACACAUACAUGUCUGUUUUUACCGAUGCUAAGGUCAUACUAGCCGACGGAUCUGCGGCACCUGCUCAUAUAAACCUCAGAACAGCAUGCAUGACGUGCAGAGCCAUGCAGACCUGGUUUUAAAAUCCUUGGAAACCAGUAUGAUGAGACAUAACAAUACAAAGCUCUCAUACAUUUAAAAUGGAGUGUUGCACCCACAUGGGCAGCGUUCUGGCUUUGUCUUCCAGUCCGGGCCAUCAGAACUGGCCUUUCUCCACAGACCCACCUCCUUCCCGCUGGGACGCACACCCUGCUCACUGGGACAGUCCACCGCGCUGGGAGAGGAGGGAUGGCCGCCUUCCCAACCCAGGCAGCUUUCACUCGUUGCACAGGAGCUGCAAAGAUGUGUUUCCUCAACAGAUUGAGGGUGUUAAGAUGAUACUGAAUAAAACCCUGAGCAGCUUCUUCAAGGUCAGCCAUACGCUCCACCUCAGCGCUGUAAGUCCGUCGUAUUAUCGAUUUCACGUGGAGCACCUGCAAAGUGACGACUAUAGCAAAGACAAGGAUGCUCCAGCGUUGAUCGGGGAGAUGGACUCCUCAGGUAGUCUGAACGCCCACGCUCUGCUGCAUCUCACUGAGCGCGUGCGAGCCAGAACAGUGUUUCAGACCCAGCAGUCCCAGUUUGUAACGUGGCAAUUUGAAACUGAGUACAGAGGGAACGAUUUUACUGCUGCUGUGACGGUGGCCAACCCAGACAUCCUCAGAGAGUCAGUUAUCCUGGUGGCGCAUUUCCUGCAGAGCGUGUCUUCUGGGCUGGUGUUAGGAGGAGAGCUGGUCUACCAUCGGGGACGAGCAGAAGAAGGAGGCAUCCUUACUCUGGCUGGACAGUACUCAAGACCAAACUGGGUGGCAACAUUGAAUGCUGGCAAAGGAGGUGCCCAUGCAAGCUACUAUCACAGAGCCAACAAACAGAUACAAGUAGGGGUGGAGUUUGAAGCCAGUACCAGGACACAGGAGACCACAACAUCCUUUGGGUAUCAGAUGGAGCUCCCAGAGGCUAAUAUGGUCUUUCGAGGUAUGAUAAACAGCCGGUGCAUAAUAGGAGGUGUGUUGGAGAAGCGCCUGACUCCUCUCCCAGCCACACUGAUUAUGGGUGCCUUUGUAAAUCAUAAAGGUGAUAAACUGCAAGUGGGUCUAGGCAUCAACGUGGGUUAAUCAUCAGCUAACCCCCGCUGGAAUUACACUGGAUAUCCGUCCAGAGGCACGUUUCAGAGGCUUCAUUAACAACGUGACCUUGCGAGACUUUUUCAGCCUCACCAAAACACUUCCUGUUUCUUUAAGUCACCUACCUCUCUAAGUGGAGGCGAUGUUUGUCUGACUGAGUGACAACAAGAGGAUUGCACUAAGAGGAGUGGAUGAGCACCUCGAGUGCUCCAGUACAGUAUGUGACUACACAAAUGUUUCAGUCUCCCUAAACCCAAACUGUGCAUCCACUCCUGGACACUGAACCAAAAGGAUAAAAGGCAUACAGUACUGUAAAGUUAAAAUAAAGAUUUUAUAUUAUGGGUAGUCCUAAACAAAUCUAAUGGAAGUACACUGUAUUAAAGAACAAUAGUCUGUGAAGGUUCUCAGUCAUCCAGGUCAUCGUAGUCAAAGGAGCUUGCAAAGAAAAGCGUCUGGACUUCUUUAAGUUGCUUGAACAAUAGUCUUUUUAAUAGUCUUUUUAAUGUUUUUGUUCAUCAGCUAUAAUUUUAAUAGACUAUAUACACAAGAUGCUUACAAAAGAUGUUUGCCCAUCUAACAGGCAGUGAUUGGUUUACAUCAGCGCCAGUAUCAAUUAAAAACAAAGCUCAUCAACUCACCUGCCAAAAAAUUAAAUUUUAGCUUGAAUGUACAAUCAUUUGGUGCUCUCUAACCACGACACAAACAGAGAAAGCAUUAAACUGAAAAAGUUCAGCGCUUACUCAUAAAAAGACAGUCUGUGUGGGCUAAUCUGCACACAAGCAAAUGCUUAGAGGAGCAUUCCAAAUGGCAGCAAAUGCUGAAUCUGAGUAUGAGUAAAUGGGUCGGCUCACGUUAAAACGUCAGUAAGAACCUUAAAAAAUAUGCAUGAGUAGGUGAAUGUUUGUUUGAUUGGGUACAGAUCUUUUUUUUGUGUGUGCCGGCAUAUUAUAUAGUGUGCAAUCCACACAGAGAAAGGUGCUGCUUCAUACUGUAUAUAGUAAUUUAAGGUUCUGAGGGUUGAGAAAGAGGCUAUGCACCAAGUCUGCUGAUUGAGGACUGCGCUGUAUGUAUACUGUAUAGAUGAAGGCAUUUGGUAACACUGACUGUAUGCAACCUGCACUACUCGUACUGCGUUCGAGCAUUUACGGUCCUCUUCAACUGGGAAAUGUUGCAUAUAUAUGAUUUAUUCAUUAUAUAAAGUCAGCACGGAGAGAA